AUGUCAUCUACCCUAUUAGAAAAAACAAGAAAUUUACACGAAAAUGUAGAACGAUAUGAAUUAUUAAUCGAAAAUGAAAUGAAAAAUGAACCAAAAACAACUAAAGAAAGAGUAUUACAGAGCCAUAGAGUAAACCACUAUUUAAAUUCAUCAAUCGAAUGUUCUAAACAAUUGUUAAAUAUUUAUACUGAUAAUGAUAGAUCAAGAAAAGAUGAACUAACAUCAAUAUCAGGAUUUGGUACAGAGCUUUUUAGUUCAUUUUAUGAAAAACUUAGGGAAAUUAAAGAAUAUCAUCGUAAAUUUCCAAAUAUUAAAGAAGAAAGAAAUAACGAACCAUUAAUAUAUAUUCCAAAUGUUCCAUUCACAGGUAAUGAAUCGAAUGGCAGAUUUUUAGAUUUAAAUGAAUUUUAUGAACAAUAUAUAAAUUUACAUUUCAUUAAAGAAAAGAAUAUCGAUUAUAUCAGUUACCUAACAAGUUUUUAUAAGUUUCAAUACAAUGAUUUAGUUAGAAUGAAAUAUUCAGAAUAUAAAAAAUAUUUAGAAUCACUUUUAGAAUAUUUAUUAAGUUUUAUUCAAAGAACCCAACCACUUUUUAAUUUAAUACCAUCCAUUUUAAAAUCUGAAAAUGAAUUUAACGAAAAAUGGGAAAAAAAACAAUUUGAUCCAACAACAGAAGAAUCCAACAACAAUAAUGUAGAUAAUAAUAAUAAAGAUAACAACGAAGAAAAUAAUCCUUUAUAUUGUAAAGCAUGCAAGAAAUUAUUCGCAUCAGAGAAUGUAUUUAAUGGUCAUUUAAAAGGUAAAAAACAUAUACAAAAUCAAGAAAGAAUGGAAUUAAAUGUCAAUCCUUUGUUAACAUUAAAAUCUAGAAAAGGAAACAGUCUAUUAGAAUACAAGAUCACAAGACUCUCUGAAUAUUUAUUAGAUCAAAUCGAAGCAACUAAAGAAUUUGUAUUAAAGAAACAAUCAAGAAGCGCAGCAGAAUUAGAGAGUGGAGAGGGUUUAUUGAAUGAGGAGGAUGAAGAAAAUUUAAAUAUCGAAGAUAUUGAAACCGAAAUUGAAGCACCAAAACUACGUAUCGCCAAUUAUCCAGUCGAUUGGAGCGGCAAACCCAUCCCAUAUUGGGUUUAUCGUUAUUUGGAAUUAGGUGUAGAAUACAAAUGUGAAAUCUGUGGUAAUCAAUCCUAUUGGGGCAGAAAAGCCUAUGAAAAACACUUUCAAGAAGCAAGACACUCUUAUGGUAUGUCUAGUAUCGGUGUACCAAAUACAGUUCAUUUCCACGAGAUCACUAAAAUUAAAGAUGCUUUAGAACUUUGGCAAAAAAUCAAAUCUCAAACCAGUUUCCAACAAUUUAAACAAGACAGAGACGAAGAAUACGAAGAUGAAAAUGGUAAUGUAAUGAGUAAAAAGAACUACGAGCUUUUGGUUAAACAAGGUAUUAUUAAUCCAAAUAACAACAGCAGCAGUAAUAACAAAUCAACAGGCAAACGUGAUCGUUCAUAA